AUGCAGGCCGGCUUCCUCAGCGCCUUGAUACUUGCCCUCAUCGCCGUUGUUGCAUGUGUACCAUUGGCCAAAAAAUCAGACGAGAUCAACGCGUUCGCCUCGGCGCUCAAUGGAGCCGGCCGUUUGAGGUACGGUAAGCGAUCGGGCUACAUGAGCAUGUUCAACGACCCGGACACUGAUAUCAAUGACGAUGGAUUUGUGCAACCGGCGUUCAGCAUUGGAGAGUAUGGACCGUUCAAGCGCUCGCCCAACACCCAAAGCCUCGUCGAGACGUUGAACGGCGCCGAGCGAUUAAGAUUCGGCCGGAAG